AAUGCUUCCAAAGUUUAUUAAGUUAAGAGCUAGUUUCUCCCUCUUGAACUUCAAUUUCAUUUCAAAUCUAUCUCCAGAAGUAGAAGAAUUACGAUCUCAUGUCACUAAAUUUGCAACAGAAGAAGUAGCACCAUUAGCUGACAAAGCAGAUUAAGAAGGCAAAUUUCCACCACAUCUAUGGAGAAAGAUGGGAGAUUUAGGAUUAUUGGGAGCUACAGUAGAUCGUAAGAGAUAAUUAUGAUUAUGUUAGCUGCUUAUGGUGGAUCAGGAUUAUCAUAUUCAGCUCAUUGUAUGAUAUUGGAAGAAAUCAGUAGAGCCUCUGGUGGUAUUGGAUUGAGUUAUUCUGCUCAUAGUGCUUUAAAUGUUGCUUAACUUUAAAGACAUGGAAAUGAAGCAUAAAAGAAGAAAUAUCUACCAAAAUUAUGUUCAGGAGAAUGGGUUGGAGCAUUGGCUAUGAGUGAACCUAAUGCUGGAUCAGAUGUUGUAUCUAUGAAGACUACAGCUAAAAAAGUUGGUGAUAAAUAUAUACUCAAUGGAAGUAAAAUGUGGAUCACUAAUGGACCUGUUGCAGAUGUCAUUGUUGUAUAUGCUAAAACAGAACCUGAAAAGAAAUAGCAUGGAAUUACUGCUUUUAUUGUAGAAUCAGGAAUGAAAGGAUUUUCAAGAGGUAAAAAAUUAGAUAAAAUUGGAAUGAAAUGUUCUGAUACAGGACCUAUUUAUUUUGAUAAUGUCGAAGUUCCUGCAGAAAAUGUACUUGGUGAAGUAAAUAAAGGAGUUUAUGUUUUAAUGAGUGGAUUAGAUUAUGAAAGAUUAGUUUUGGCUGCUGGACCUGUAGGAUUAAUGCAAGCUGCAUUUGAUAUUUCAAGAGAAUAUUGUAAUACUAGAUAAUAGUUUGGAAAACCAAUUGGGCAAUUUUAAUUAAUGCAAGGAAAAUUGGCUGAAAUGUAUACUACUUUAUAAGCCAGCAGAGCUAUGCUCUAUUCAGUUUCUCGUGCUGUUGAUUCAGGAAAUAUAACAAAUACAGUAAUAUACUUAUCUAUUUUUUUAGGAUUGUGCAGCAUUAAUUUAUUAUACUUCUGUUAAUGCCACUUAAGUUGGAUUAGAAGCUAUUCAAUGUUUAGGUGGAAAUGGAUAUACUUAAGAAUAUCCAGUAGGAAGAAUUAUGAAUGAUGCUAAACUCUAUGAAAUAGGAGCAGGAACAACUGAAAUUAGGAAAUGGUUGAUUGGUAGAUAAUUGACUUAAUGA